AAGAAAUCCUGGAUUUUCAAAGUCCCUUUGAAGGCUUUUAAGCCACUGAUUAAUAUUCCUAAAGAAAAUGAAGAUAUUUAUAUAUUUUUGCAUUUGGGCAGUAGCAUGGUCCAUUCCAGUUCCUCAGAUCAAGCCAUUGGAGAAACAUGCUGCGGACAAAACUGUGAAUUUAAAUCUUCUAGCAAAAUCGAAAGUGCCAAUACAGGAUGAGUUAAAUGCCAAUCAUACCACCAAAGCAAGUGGUGUCCCCGUGCAUGAAAAUGAAAGAGGAAGGCAACAGGAUGCCAAAGAUGGUUACAAAGGAGAGAGAAAUGGUUCUGAGUGGGCAGACGUGGCAGGGAAAAAUUCUUCGACACGUUCCAUGUUAGCAAACGAAGAGGGGAAUACUGAGGACCUGAAUGGGGGCACAGAAAAACCAGAAACAUAUGGUCAUGAUGGGCUCCACGGACAAGAAGACAGUACCAUAGCAAAUGGCAUUGGGGGACAAGUAAGCAUCAUUGACCACGCUGGGACAGAAAAUGGGAGCAAUAUUAAUGGGGUUAUUGAGAACAAUUCCAAAAAUGGGGGAGUUGGAAAUGCAAGUCACAGUGAGGAUGCCACGGUUGUCCAAGAAGAUGGACAUCAAGUAGCUGGAAACAAUAACAGUACAGGUCAUGAGAAUGAAAUAAAUGGGAAUUUCUGCAGAAAUGGGGGUGAUACAAGUGGAAUGACACCUCAGAGAGAAGGCGAGAGCAACGGGAAUGAGGAGACAGGGGUACCACCAGGGGCAAGUGGAGCUGGCAAUAGAGAAGAUGUUGCUUUGGAUGAUUCUGGUGGGAGUCCUAGUGGGAAUGGAGCAGAUGAAGGUGAAGACAGUGGCUCUGGUGAUGGUGAAGGCGAAGAGUCAGGGGAUGGAGAAAAGGGCACUGAUGACAGCAAGGGCCAGGAGGGUCCACCUCAGGGAAAAGAGGAGGACGAUGACAAUAGCUUAGGUCAAAAUUCAGUUAGUAGUGAAGAUGAUGGCACUGGGGACAAAGAAGACGUCCAUGCCACUGAUAGAGACAACACCUCCAAGAGCGAGGAAGAUCCUGACGGUAUUCCAGAAGACAAUGGUAGCCAAAAAAUAGAGGACACUCAAAAACCCCAUCACAGAGAAAACAAAGCUGCGGAAAUUGGAAUCGCUGAAAAAUCAGAGCCACCUGCUGUUGGGAAGAGCCAAGAUAAGGGAAUAGAAAGGGGAAGUCCCAGCAGUGGCAACAGAAACAAUAUUACCAAAGAAGCUGGGAAAGUGAAUGACGAUAAAGAGAGUAAAGGCCAACAUGGAAUGACUGUGGGCAAAGGAAAUGUCAAGACACAAGGAGCGGCUGACAUAAUGCAAGGACCCAGCCAGAAAUCAGAACCUGGAAAUAAGUUUGGACCCAGCAAAACACGUAGUGACAGUAACAGUGAUGGCUACGACAGUUAUGAGUUUGAAGGUAAAUCCAUGCAAGGAGAUGAUCCCAACAGCAGUGAUGAGUCUAACGGCAGUGACGAUGCCAAUUCUGAAGGUGACAAUAACCAUAGUAGCCGAGGAGAUGCUUCUUAUAACUCUGAUGAAUCAAGUGAUAAUGGCAAUGACAGUGACUCAAAAGGAGGAGACGAGGAUGAUAGUGGUAACGCAUCAGAUGCUAGUGAUGGUGGUAGUGACGGCAAUGGUGACAAUGGGAGUGAAGAGCACAGCAAAUCAGGCAGCAGCAGAGAUAAAUCAGAUGGCAGCGACAGCAGUGACAGCAGUGAUAGUGACAGUAAAUCAGACAGUGACAGCAGCGACAGCAGUGACAGCAGUGACAGUGACAGUAAAUCAGACAGUGACAGCAGCGACAGCAGUGACAGCAGUGACAGUGACAGUAAAUCAGACAGUGACAGCAGCGACAGCAGUGACAGCAGCGACAGUAGUGACAGCAGUGACAGCAGUGAUAGUGACAGUAAAUCAGACAGUGACAGCAGUGACAGCAGUGACAGCAGUGACAGUAGUGACAGCAGUGACAGCAGUGAUAGUGACAGUAAAUCAGACAGUGACAGCAGCGACAGCAGCGACAGCAGUGACAGUAGUGACAGCAGUGACAGCAGCGACAGCAGUGGCAAUAGUGACAGCAGUGACAGCAGUGACAGUAGUGACAGCAGUGACAGCAAUGAUAGUGACAGUAAAUCAGACAGUGACAGCAGUGACAGCAGUGACAGUAGUGACAGUAGUGACAGCAGUGACAGCAGCAACAGCAGUGACAGCAGUGACAGCAGUGAUAGUGACAGUAAAUCAGACAGUGACAGCAGCGACAGCAGUGACAGCAGCGACAGUAGUGACAGCAGUGACAGUGACAGUAAAUCAGACAGUGACAGCAGCGACAGCAGUGACAGCAGCGACAGUAGUGACAGCAGUGACAGUGACAGUAAAUCAGACAGUGACAGCAGCGACAGCAGUGACAGCAGCGACAGUAGUGACAGCAGUGAUAGUGACAGUAAAUCAGACAGUGACAGCAGUGACAGUGACAGCAGCGACAGCAGCAACAGCAGCGAUAGUGACAGUAAAUCAGACAGUGACAGCAGUGAAAGUAGUGACAGCAGUGACAGCAGCGACAGCAGUGAAAGUAGUGACAGCAGUGACAGCAGCGACAGCAGUGAUAGUGACAGUAAAUCAGACAGUGACAGCAGUGAAAGUAGUGACAGCAGUGACAGCAGUGACAGUAGUGAUAGUGACAGUAAAUCAGACAGCGACAGCAGUGACAGCAGUGACAGCAGUGACAGCAGCGACAGCAGUGACAGCAGCGACAGCAGUGAUAGUGACAGCAGUGACAGCAGCGACAGCAGCGACAGCAGUGACAGUGCAUCUGACAGUGGUGACGAGAGCAACAGCAAGAGCAAGUCUGGUAGCGGCAACAAUGGAGGUGGUAGCGACAGUGAUAGUGACAGUGAGGGCAGUGACAGUAAUCACUCAACCAGUGACGAUUAG